AUGUCCUUACUCGACGACACGGACCUCGUGUCCCCCGAAAAACCCCAUUCCCCACAUAUGGCGACGACAACAUUGAAGGUAGACGGUAUGACCUGCGGUGCCUGCACCUCUGCCGUCGAGUCGGCGUUCAAAGGUGUUGAGGGUGCUGGCGCAAUCUCAGUUAGCCUCAUGAUGGGAAGAGCAGUGGUCCAUCACGAUCCCACAAAACUGCCAGCUGAUAAGGUUGCUGAAUUGAUUGAAGACCGCGGAUUUGACGCCGAAGUUCUCACGACAGACAUGCCGCAACCAACGAGCCCCCGACAUCAACCAAGCCUAAUUCCAGAAGAAGCAGGGGCCAAAGUUACAUCGACUACAAUUAAAGUUGAAGGCAUGACAUGCGGUGCAUGUACUUCCGCGAUCGAGGCUGGAUUUAAGGACGUUGCCGGUGUUAAGAACUUCAGCAUAUCACUGCUAGCCGGCCGCGCUGUCGUCCAGCAUGAUGCAAAUAUAAUUGACGCCGAUGCACUGGCUGAGAUAAUUGAAGAUCGAGGCUUUGACGCAACUGUGCUGGAAUCGAAAAUACAACACUCUGUCAAGCCGAAUUUGACGAUUGGAACCGACAACGAACCGACCUCGGGAACAUGGACAACGACGGUUGCCAUUGAAGGCAUGACCUGCGGUGCUUGCACCUCUUCGGUAGAAAGAGGCUUUAAAGACGUGGAAGGCCUUGUUAAAUUCAACAUAAGUCUUCUUGCCGAACGCGCUGUCAUUUCACACUCUCCUGCAAUCCUCCCUGCCGCAAAGAUCGUUGAAAUUAUUGAAGAUUCCGGGUUUGACGCAACAGUCAUUUCGUCCAACCCUGAAACCGCCCUCCAUGGUUCCACCCACGCCUCUACUCAGCUGAAGAUUUAUGGCCUUGCUGAUGGAAACGCUGCGACUGAGCUGGAGACAGCAUUGAGGUCUAAGCUCGGCGUCAAGAAUGCCGUCAUCAGCUUAUCUACUUCUCGAGCAACUAUCUCCUAUGAUUCCACUGUAAUUGGUCUCCGCGUUAUAGUGGGAACCAUCGAGGCAGCAGGCUAUAACGCUCUGGUUGCAGACUCCGAGGACAACAACGCGCAAAUUGAAUCAUUGGCCAAGACUAAAGAGAUCCAGGAGUGGAAGCGAGCUUUCAUAACCUCCUUGGCUUUUGCCAUCCCGGUUCUCCUGAUCAGCAUGAUCAUACCAAUGUUUCUGUCAUUUAUGGAUUUUACGUCCUUCAAAAUCAUACCAGGUCUGUUCCUAGGCGAUAUUAUCUGCUGUGCUUUAACCGUCCCUGUCCAAUUUGGCAUUGGAAAACGAUUUUACCACUCGGCCUUCAAGAGCUUGAAGCAUAAAUCUCCCACUAUGGAUGUUUUAGUGGUGUUGGGUACUUCGACGGCCUUUGUUUUCAGCUGUUUCGCGAUGAUCGUCGCUGUCCUGAUCCCUCCUCACAACAAACCAGGGACCAUAUUUGACACAAGCACAAUGCUGAUCACAUUCAUCACAUUGGGUAGAUGGCUUGAGAAUCGAGCCAAAGGACAAACAUCGAAGGCUCUAUCGGCCUUAAUGUCUCUCGCACCAAGCAUGGCAACCAUAUAUGAUGACCCUUUAUAUGCAGAAAAGCUGGCUGACAACUGGGUCACUCCCACAUCCCCGAUUUUGGAGAAAACACCGACAAAGAACUCGUUCCAGGAUCACCCCCCCGCGCCCUCUGGCACGUCGGGACCUUCAGCAGUGGAAAAAGUCAUUCCCACAGAACUCCUCGAAGUAGGUGACAUUGUUAUCCUUCGACCCGGUGACAAAAUCCCAGCCGAUGGGACGGUCACUCGUGGCGAGAGUUUCGUCGACGAGAGUAUGGUCACAGGCGAAGCCAUCCCGAUUCUAAAAAGGAAAGAUAGUCUGCUUAUCGCAGGAACUGUCAACGGAGCCGGCAAAAUUGACUUCAAGGUGACCCGUGCUGGUAAGGAUACUCAGUUGAGUCAGAUUGUGAAUCUUGUACAAGAAGCACAAACAAGUCGGGCACCUAUCCAGCGCAUGGCGGAUCUUGUAGCGGGCUACUUUGUCCCUGUGAUUAUCGUUCUGGGGUUGCUCACCUUCGUCGGCUGGUUUAUUCUAAGUCAUACCUUGUCCCACCCACCCGAGAUUUUCCUCAAGGCCCAGAGUGGUGGGAAAUUUAUGGUUUGUCUGAAGCUGUGCAUCUCCGUCAUCGUCUUCGCUUGCCCUUGUGCGCUGGGCCUUGCCACACCCACUGCCGUAAUGGUAGGAACAGGCGUAGCAUCUCAACACGGCAUUUUGGUAAAAGGUGGUGCUGCCCUUGAAAUCGCUACUCGAAUCACUCAUAUUGUUUUUGACAAGACGGGCACUCUGACUUUUGGCAAACUCAAAGUUGCCGACACAAGAUUAGAAUCCAAGUGGAAUUCAAACGAGGAGCAAAGGAGUCUCUGGUGGACACUAGUUGGACUUGCCGAAGCAGGUUCCGAGCAUCCAAUUGCCAGAUCCAUUCUUGUUGCGGCAAAAUCAUACUUGAAGCUUGAUGAUGAUGCAGCACUUCCUGGUCAUGUUGGGACUUUCGGAGUGAGCGUUGGCCAGGGUAUUUCUGCUGUUGUCGAGUUGGAAGCAUCGGGCACUAAAAGUACUCGAUACAAGGUCCACGUCGGAAAUGCAGCAUUCCUCCAUGCCAAGCAUAUUGAAAUACCAUCGGAUGUCGAGCAGGCAGUCAACUCUGCCUUAUCUCCGAUCACUAGGAUGAAGUCGAAAACUGGUAUAACGACUAUCUACACCGCGAUCAACAACGAAUAUGCUGGUAUACUCGACCUCUCCGACACCUUAAAACCUACUGCCCCUGCAGCGAUUACAGCACUGCAUAGGAUGGGAAUCAGUACCUCUCUCAUUACUGGUGACACGUACAACACUGCUUUAAGCAUCGGCACACUCGUUGGAAUACCGAAAGAUUCCAUCCACGCCGCAGUCUCACCAGGUGACAAACAGAAUAUUGUGGCCGAGCUACAGGCUCAAGGCGAGGUUGUUGCCAUGGUCGGUGAUGGUAUCAAUGACUCGCCCGCCCUUGCUACUGCUGACAUCGGUAUGGGUCUGGUGUCUGGCUCAGACAUUGCGGUUGAGGCGGCCGAUAUUGUCAUUAUGCGGUCUGACGAUCUUCUCAACAUACCCACCGCUCUUCACCUCUGCCGCGUCUUCUUCCGUCGCAUCAAAAUGAAUCUUAUCUGGGCUUGCGCCUACAAUGUCAUCGGACUACCAUUCGCAAUGGGCAUCUUCCUCCCUCUCGGCUAUCACAUGCCUCCGUUGAUGAGUGCAACAGCAAUGAUGUUCAGCAGUAUUUCCGUAACCUUGUCAAGCCUUGCACUGAAGUGGGCCGGAAGACCUAAGUGGUUAACGGUGGAGGCAAUGGAAAUGGAGAGCAGUGACAUCGCCGUACCCGUUCGCGGAAACAGAAGGAGACUUGGCGUUAUUGCUAAAACUAGAGCAACGAUCCUAGGGUUGUGGGACACUACAGCUACGCUCAGGGAUGGAAAAGGCUGGCGCAGUCGAAAGGGCCAGGAAGCUAAUAGAGGCAGCUAUGUCCCGCUACACAACGUCGACGAAGCUGUAUAG